AUGAGGGACGGAUCUCCCUGGAAGGAACUCAAGCUGUCGCUUGAAAGACCUUAUAAGGACGACGAAGGACACCCAAUACCUGUACUACUUGACAUAACACCGGACGGGGAGUUCAUCUAUGAGCCAAAAGAAGAUUAUUAUGCGAUUGUGGGAGACAACUUACGCAGAAUCUUUGUGGAACGCGGGCUUGACUUCUUCGAGAAACGACAUAAGCAACGAAAGGUGGAGCCCACGAUUGAAGAAAUGCGAGACAAGAGCAGUCUUGAAGAAAAGCGGCACGUAAUGGAUGCGGAUGAGCUACUGAAAAUGCGAAUGGAAGUCCUCCCGCAGCUAUAUAUUGCUCUUGGGGAGAUGUCUCAGGCUCGGGAUUUACUUGCUCUCCUACUCUCCUCUCCAAAUAUCCCACAGGUGGCACCAAAUUCUGGCUCACAGCCAUCUGCGUUAACCGUUACAGUCGUUACAAAACAGCCUGCGAUUCCUUCUGUGCAAGCCUUUAAUGCCCAACUCGCCGCAGGUGGCAAAGAUCAAGCACUGAGAAAUGCAGCAGAUCUUUUCAAAUUUGCCGCAGACCGAAUGGAGACUGGGCGAGUUAUGGCGGAGAAGUACUGGGUCGAUGCUUUAAAAAUCAGAACGGGGAAUUGGGGCCUCAUUCCUGCCCCUCUGCCCUUCGGAUCGGCCACUGGCAAAGGUGCAGACAAAACAUCCAAAGAUUUUCUGGUCUCUUUUGGUCUCGAAGAAUCGCCACCUCUCUUCCGACGCCGAGCGAUCGCGCGUAUGUCCAUGCAGGACAACCGCGUAAGUGCCCUCGAGUUUCCGUCGCGUCAAAAUACUCGACUGCAAGUGACUGUCACAACAACCGAUGGAAGAGGAGUCCGCCACACCACUCAAAAUCGGAUGGUUCUAUUCGAUGGUUCUUCGGUCGGGCAAUCUCUGCAUGCAGCACGGGCAGAAGUGGUAGAACAGGAGAUCUUCUCUGCGCUCAUCAGAGAAGCCAGCCAUCUUCCUACGGCUUCAGCUCGCGUGUCUGAAAGGUUGAUUGUCAUCGAAGCCGCUCAAGCUACUGAUCUUCAGUUUGAGCUUGUAGAUAAGGAUCCGUCACAAAGCAAGGCCUGCGCCGGAGACGGUGAUGCUAUCUGUGAUCUCAUAUCCGGGCUCUUGCACAUCCUGCUGCUUCGUACUCAUGCAUACUUGAAGUCCGAACGCCUUGGCAUGAGUAUACACCGCGCACCGGCGCCACCAAGCGUUGUCCAUACGCCCCCAUUGUUGCAGCCGAUCAUUGACAUGCUGCAGUAUCGUGUCUUCUGCGAGCGGGUCCACGGCGAAUUGGAUAAGAUAUCUGAUGCGCUUUCCCAAGCAUGUGUGCCCACAAGAUCUCACUUCGAGGCCGUCGGUGGGACUGGGGAAGAAUUUCUCAUGUCCUUUAGACAAGGGAAAGCGAAGCCAGUUGGUGGAGAGGCACGGCUGCGGGUAGACAAUCGGAGUACCUUGCGGUUUACGUUUUUCGCACCGUCCUCUCUGAUCGCUCAUCUUCCCCAAGCUACGCUACCCAUAACUUCGAUACCUCAGUUGACUCAACUUUUGGCAGAUGAAGUGAGACAAUGUUUACUCGCCAGGAUAUGUGAGAUUGGCUCCGAGCUCUGUAGUCGUGUGAAGGGGAUGUGGUUCGUAGAUAUGCUGACGGGGCGGAGCGUUGGCAGAUGGGAAGGUUGUGUCCUGAAUUUUGACGUAUCCUUCGGUAAAGAACCUAGCAUAGUUGCUACAGCUUCCAGGAUGAACCGUGCAAAUACUCACGCAGCGGUCCUGCUGCAGAGUUUCCAAUCUCGAGAAGGCGAAGGAACAUCUUUGUUUGAGUGGACGAGAAGGGCCAUCGGAACAGCAUUGUCUCAACAUUCUCCUGCAAUAACACAUUCUUGA